UGCAAUCCUCGCGAAAAAUUCUAGCCUAAUGAAUGACAAACAAAACAAAGUCCAUUCAUGAAAAAUAUCAAAUAAACAAAUGGUGGGUGGUAUUAGAACGUAUAAGGAUGAUGACUAUGAUGAGAUGACUUGUGAGUCGAAGCCUUCCAUUGAUGGUUGUUUUUUCGGUGAAGCUGACAAGAAAAAAGUUGAAGAAAUCAUGAUCAACGCAGGACUAGGACUGGCCCAGUCUGGAGAUUUAUCUAGGUCUACAAGUAAUUCCGAAGAAGGAGAAAAGAAAUCAAACGACCAUAUUGUAUGGGUCGUUAAUGUAGCACACAGAACAAAAGCGAAUCAUCUCAAAAUUGCUCUAUCAGCUCAUGGUAAAGUCGUCAAGGUUCAAACUCUUAUAAAUGCAAAUUAUCCUGGUUCUAGUUGCUAUGGUCGUGUAACCAUGGCAUCUUCAGAAGAUGUAGACAAAGUUAUAAAGAAUCUAAAUAAUACAGAACUGGAUGGGCAGAUGAUCAAACUCACAAGGGAUGUUAAACAAUGUAUAUUCAGCAAUAAUAAAAAAGAAAAGAAAGACAAUGAUAAUGUUGACAGUUGUUGCAGUGUUCCAGGGCCAGAGAGAACUAAGGGAGAAACAAAUGAUACAUAUGGGGGGGAGAAUAUGUGGAUGGAAGGCUUUCAUGGUGAAAGAGUGGGAUCAGCGCAUCUUUAUAGAAGAAAAAAUGAAACUAUUCUUACCUUUGCUCAGAUUAAAGAAGAAAGAGAACGCCAAAAAAUUCGCAACCAGGAACGAAGUUUGAGGGAAGAAAAGAGGCGUCGUAUAGAAAAUGAUUCUAGACAACCUGAAGCCAAUAGGCACCAACAAGAGCACUACAGGCUGAAGCAGGAAAGGGGACUUCAAAUGAAGCGGACAAUAUUUGUGAGGCCGACAAACGAAUCAUCUGAUCAUGAGAAACUUACAGUAGGGAAAAAGGAGAGUGAAAAAAUAUUGGAGGAAAAUGCAAGAGCUGAGAAUGACAAUGGAAGGUUUCUCGCUGCCACCGCUGAUUCUAUAAGUCAAGCCAAGACCAAAUCCCAUAAAUCCCCAGAAAAUACAUCACACAGCUAUGAUCGAGAAAUAGGCCAUGGCUAUGAUAGACAAAGAAGCCAUCAAAAUGGAAAAAGCCCUGACUAUGAUGCAGGAAGAAGCCAUGACUAUCAAAGAGAAAGAAGCUGUGAUUUUGAUUUAGGAAGAGACUAUAACUAUAAUGCUGAACAUAGUGGAUUAACUACUUCAAUGGGUUCAAGCAGCUCACAUUUGUCAGCGGGUACAUGUGGAAUCCAUUUAUCCUCGGGAGCUAAUGUACUAGGGUCUUCAUUGGGACCUCAUUUGCCAUCUGAAAAUUCUGACUGAUCCUGGGAGUCCAUAAUACUGGGAAUACUGAUGAUUGUUCAACAAAAUAAUUUGUUUGAGUCUAAAAGUUCCAAAUUUCCUAUGAACAUAAAACAUUGAUUUAAAAAUCGA